AUGAGUCUCUAUACUCUCCCGAACCCAUCUGGAGGACCGCCAAUCACCGUUGCAGUUGUGCACCAGAUGCUACCAUCGGGGAGGCCACCAAAACUCCAUUAUAUGGAGAGGACCCUGGAGAAUGGAGAAGUCAUCAGACAUACGGUUGUAAAUGAGAAUGCGGUCAACGCUCUGCUGAUAAACGGUUUUAAAAGGUCAUAUCCAGAGCCCGGGGAAGUUGUCUCCAUCGAAACCGAUCCAGCCGAUACUGGCCACGUGAUCUGUCGCCCCUCGCCUCUUCUGCCUCUUAUCAAGGGACUCACACCAGAAAUACUGGCAGCCUUCAUACAACCUGGAGAUGACGCCAUUGCAAGAUGCCACCAGGAGCUCUAUCGCCGUCAGAUUGCCAGGAACAGAAUUCCGACAAGAAAAGAGUAUGAAGCUGCGCUCAAACUUAAUCUCAAUCCUCUCCUCAAUCUUCGAAAAGAAGAAGAGAGGAAGACAAAGGAAGAAAAGAAGUUGACAAAGAAAAGCCACAAGAAAAUGCCUCGUGGCAAAUUUCCCAGUCAGAAGUCGGUCUUGGAAAAAAUCAUGCUGGAUGCUGAACGAGAUGCAGUCAAACGACGCCCAUCAUCACAAGCUCGUUUCCCAUCACAAGCAUUCCCAAUGGGAAGAAUCUGGUGA